AUGUCGGGUCCGGUCGAGUACAACCAGAUGCCAAGGGAGCCUGCACCGGCGAUGAUUGUGGAGCCGAACCAUUCCGAGCAACCCCGAUUGGUAGAGCCCAUGAAGAUGGAACAGUCAACGUCCCUACGAGGCGGCAAAGCAGACGGCGGAGUAAGCUAUACCCCCCAACCCAUGAUUCUCUCUCUCCUCAUCAACUUCCCCAAACUUGACCACGUCUUGUAA